AUCGAUGAAGUCACCGGCUGUCCGAAAUGCGAGUGCAGGGAUCCGUGUCGCGGCGUUACCUGUCCGGGAGCCGGACAGACGUGCGAGCUAAUCGCCGUGAGUUGUUUUCGGGAGCCGUGCCCCCCGGUACCCAGCUGUCGGAAGACCAGAUCCUUAUCAACAAUCUGUCCGGCAGGCGAGCCCUUGCAGAUCACCGACUCGCCGCGGCCGUUCCUCUGCGGCGACACGCCAGGUAAACCGACCUGUCCGCCGAUGUACAGCUGUCUGGUGGAGCCCAAGCAGGAAUACGGGGUCUGCUGUCCUUCCAACGUGAAGCUACAGCGACCCGGCACGUGCCCCGCGGAAGAGCCGACGGCGAGCACGUGCGGGCCGGCUUGUCGCUACGACCUCGAGUGCCCCGGGCCGCAAAAGUGCUGCGGCAGCAAGAAUUGCGGCGGUAACGUGUGCACGAUACCCCGAAACCUCAGCGCGUGCCAUCGCGACCGGAUGCUCGCCGAGAUACUCAGCGUCUCCGAGCGCCAGGGUCGCGGCUACAUUCCGCAGUGCAUGGAAGAUGGUGGUUUCGAGACGAGGCAGUGCUCGAGAAACGGCCUCGUCUGCUGGUGCGUGGACGACGAUGGUAGGAAGAUAUCCGGCUCCAUGGGCCCCGCCGAGAAGAUUGAUUGCAGAUCGAUAAGCAAGGCGCGCUCGCUUCCGACGUCCUGCACGGCUCAGCAGUGCGCCCAGGUUUGCCAGUACGGCUUCAAAACGGACGCUUCCGGUUGCCCGACUUGCGAAUGCGACGAUCCGUGCGAGGGAUUUCCGUGCUCCGAGGGGCAAGAAUGUGUCCUAAAGCGGGAGAACAGCUGUCCUGAUUUCCUCUGCCUAACGAAACCGGAAUGUAAGCCGAAGAAGACCUACAAGAGCCCCUGCAUCCUCGGCACGCCGCUGAUCGAUCAAGACGGAAACGCCGCGACUUGUUCCACUAACGAAACAUGCCCCGAAGGCUACAAGUGCACAAUGGUGCUGGAGGCCGGGCAAUCGGUAUGCUGUGUGGAAACGUCAAGCCCGGCAAAGGCACCUACAAGUAAUUCCGCCAUAAUUAAUAAUAACAUUUCAAUUAUAUCGUAUAUGCAGUGUUGUGCAUAG